AUGAGAAGCGUCGCCAGAGCCCUACCCAGAUUUGCUACCACUCAAACGAGAAGAGCGUCUGCGAUUUCUCUCACCAAUUUCAUUCAGCUUCAGCAGAGUUCAAACCUAAAGAGCAACUAUUCAACAGAGUCGCUCGACGUAAGGUAUAAAAACAAGCUUUUACAGAAAGCGGAAGAACAGGGGUUUAAGUCUGUCGAAGAGCUUAAAGAGAAGCUUAAGGAAGACAUUGAAACUAAGAAAAAGGAAUUGAGCAAGGUUGACCCUCUCAAAGAACUCGAGGAAUACGAACAGCGCCUAAAGAUGUCUCAAAACAACAUGAAAGUCACACAACAGCGAGGCCCCGUGGACCCCAAGCAGGAGCCGGCCCCUUUCAAAACCCUGGACUCUUUUCUAAAGCUUGAGAAGAUCAAGGAUCUCUCAAAGCAGGAAGUCGAGUUUCUGUGGCGGGCGCGCUGGGCUAAUAAGCCCGACGCUCUAUCUGCAGUUGUACCAUUGGAGAUCUUUGAAAAGAUGGACCGUCACAUCCGUGCAUGUCCUACUUUCGUUCUUCCCCUGCCCCGUGAGGUCCCCGCCGAGGCUUCCUCUUCCGGUACCCAAGAACAGGGUAUGGAACUACACUACAUCCAGUGGCAGAUGGCUGAUUCUAAUACCGUCCACUGUAUCAUGACAUCUUUGGCAGAAUACAAACUGCACAGCGAGUUUGCAAAACCACACACAACUUUCCAAUUCCACAAAGAGCUGGCCAGUGACAAGAAGAUUAUUUUGAUGAAUGGUCACGUCGAAAAGGAUGUCAACAUUACUUUACCAGACGCGCAGCUAUUACUCUUAAACAUUCAGAGGUUCUAUGGUGCCAUGGGCGAAGAAACUGUGUCUUCGAAGCAAAGAACUAAGUUGUUACACGAUUUCGCCAAAGGUUCGCCUGAGUUCUCAGUAGAGAAGCUCAUCAACUUGGCUCAAUCAAUGGAGACCUAA